AUGAGUGAAGAUCAUGCCAACCUCUUUGCGACCGCAGUCCCAGAGAAUGCCAGAUCGUCCAGCACUUUGGGAUUGAAUGCAAUUGGACGAAGUGACGACAAUCAGACCAGCUCUGCUGGACAGGAUGGACCCUCAACUCGAGACCGAGCCAACUCUGUUGCGCAGGAUGAGGACCUCCAGAAUGACACAGGAGAAAUCCAAGUCCCACUCCAAAAUAACGAGAGCAUCGGCAAAGACGACCUUGAAGAAUUCUCCAGAGGAGAGAAACCUCAACUUGAGGAAGAAUCGAUCAGAUAUAUGGAUGACACAGUUGAUAAAUUCAGGCGAGGAGAAAUUACAAAGCUCAAAGCCCUGUCGAACAUCAUUGGAGCCCUCAAUUUCGACCCAUCCAACACUAACAGAGGGAAGGAUGCCGCUAUCAAAUUCUAUGCUAAAACCCUUGAAUAUGCAGCCCUCACUUCUUCAGUGGUUAAGCAAGGAAAGCAUGCCGCAAUUGGACUCAAGCCGAAAUCUGUUCAACACAAGCAACAUGAACCUAAGACCAUUGACACUGUCGGAGUUUUCUAA